CCUCUUCUCCCGUCCCGUUGCCAUGGCUCCCGCGCGGAAAAAGGCCGCCGGCCGGGCCGGCAAGGAGGCCUCGGCGCGCAACGUGAAGCUCGCCGCCUUCCUCCAGGAUUUCGACCGGGAAGUCGAAAUCCGGUCCAGGCAGAUGGAAUCAGAAGCCCAGAACCUUAGAAAAGAAGUGGAGGAUCUAUUCAACGUUGAGAUCCUCCGACUCCCCCAGGCUCUGCGAGAGAUGAACUGGCUGGACUACAUGGCUCUAGGAGGAAGCAAGCAGGCUCUGGAAGAUGCAGCAACGGCUGAGCUGGACCUUUCUGAAAUAAACAAGCUCACAGAGAUUCAGACGCCCUUGAAAACCGUCAAAGCAAAGAAAGCGGCUGAAGAAGCUGUCGUAAUUAGCAAAGAACCGGAGCUUUAUCCUCAAACCACCAAGUCUCAUGCCCGAAAGUGUCCUCCUAAGAGGAAGAGAGCGCCUUCAGUAAGAACAAAUAGCAGAGCUAAAAGGGCGGGCUCAAGUAGUCUAAUCACUCCGGCCACCGGCAGAACCAACUCGUCUGUGUUGGGAAUAACUCCGAGCUUCACGUCCCGCUUUGAUUCCAGCAUCUUCAAGACCCCAGGACUGCGGACUCCCGCCGCCAGAGAGAGGAUCUACAACAUCUCGGUCAAUGGGAGUCCCCUGGCUGAUCACAACGAGAUCUUCCUCACGGUGCCCGUGGGAGGCGGGGAGAGUAUGCGUCUGCUGGCCAGUGACUUGCAAAAGAUGGAUCUGGCACAUCUGGAUCCAGAAGCUUUGGGAAGCAUUAAGACGUUAUCGACUCGACUUGCGCAAAUCUGUACCACUUUAAAGCCUCAAAAAUGAAACUCCAGGACUCUUGGAGACCCUCAAGCCAAUCAGCACUGGGAGUGGCACUUCGGUUUCCAAAGCAAUCACCUUCCCUUGAGUCUCCUCGUUCAGCUUGUUUGCCGGGUGCGCAGUUCUGGUAACUUGUCAAUCACUGGGAAGACCAAGCAAGCUCUCCCUGCUCAACUCCCAUCAUCCCCCAUUCUUAUCCCUCAUGCUUCCGAGGAAACGGUGGGAGUGGCAAACAGACUUUGGGCCGUAGCUUUGCAAUCCCCAAUGUUGAUGAGCCAGGUUUUCUGGAUUUUUUAGCCCCAGUUGGUGUUUUUAUGUGGAAAGAACAUCCUCACUUUCAGAGCUUUUUUUUUUUUUUUUCCUCCCCCUUUCAAGGCAGCUGCUAUCCAGCCCUACAGCCUGAAGGCUCAAGGUUGCAUCUCACACUUCUAUCCAACAGUCUUCCCCUUCCCACAUCUGUCCUGGGACCUGAAAGCUAGAGCCUUUUUGCGGUCGGCUGUACCACAUCCCCCUUCCUCUCCUAUACUCAUACUAUCCCCCGGUGAAGUCUUUGUGAUCCCUUAGACAGAGAAUACCAUGUCCCCAGAGAUCUUGCUCUAUGCCUCAUAGAAUGGCCUGUGAACUAAGGAAAUGCUGAGCUCUGAAGGGACACUGACUAUUAAAACGCCGUCUGGGGAGUUGUAGCAAAUGUCCACAUGCAGCUACUAGGGUUUCAUUAACAGAGGGUCUUCUGCUUGAUGGAGAGUUGUCUUUGUGUUUUCUAUAUUGUGCUUUAUUACUUGAGCACUUUGGGAAACCUGAAUCCUGUACAGACUGGGAUUUUUAUUGUUUGCUAUCCUUUUUUCCUAAUUAAACAAUGAUUUUUGUA